CUCGGCGGGCAUUUCCUCCAUCCUGGCAUUUCGGAGCCUCCAUCCUGGUUUCUCAAGUGCCCGGACCCAAAACAGGAAAUUUGAUUAUGACCACAGUUGAAGAAGAAUCUGACACAGUGACAGUAGAAACCGUGAAUUCUGUAACUCUGACACAAGACACACAAGGCAACCUUAUUCUUCACUGCCCUCAGGAUGAGGCAGACGAAAUAGACUCCGAAGGCAGCAUCGGACCUCCCCAUAAAAGGCUUUGCUUAUCGUCAGAAGAUGACCAGAGCGUUGACGGCAACACUCCAUGCAUCUCUGUCGUUGCGGUUCCACUUUCAGAAAGUGAUCCGAGCUUUGAGGUGACCAUGACUGCUACUACAGAAGUAGCUGACCAUGAGGUUAACGAAGGAACGGUGACUCAGAUUCAGAUCCUUCAGAAUGAGCAACUGGAUGAAAUCUCUUCUCUAGCCAAUGAAGAAGUGUCUGCAGUCAGCCAGGCCUGGUUUACAACCAAAGAAGACAAGGAUUGUUUAACAAACAAAGGUCAUAAGUGGAAACAGGGCAUGUGGUCGAAGGAAGAAAUUCAGAUUUUGAUGAGCAACAUUGAGCGUUAUUUGAAGGCCCGUGGAAUCAAAGAUGCCACCGAGAUCAUUUUUGAGAUGUCAAAAGAUGAAAGGAAAGAUUUCUACAGGACCAUUGCGUGGGGUUUGAACCGGCCUCUCUUUGCUGUUUAUAGACGAGUCCUUCGCAUGUACGAUGACCGAAACCACGUUGGCAAGUAUACUCCCGAAGAGAUCGAAAAGCUCAAAGAUUUAAGAAUCAAGCACGGGAAUGACUGGGCAACGAUAGGAGCCGCUCUCGGGCGGAGUGCUUCCUCCGUGAAAGACCGGUGCAGGCUGAUGAAGGACACCUGCAACACAGGGAAAUGGACCGAGAAAGAAGAGAAGAGACUAGCAGAAGUGGUCCACGAAUUAACCAGCACCGAGCCUGGGGACACUGUCACGCAAGGGGUCUCUUGGGCUGCGGUGGCAGAGCGGGUGGGCACCCGGUCGGAGAAGCAGUGUCGCUCCAAAUGGCUCAACUACCUCAACUGGAAGCAGAGUGGAGGCACGGAGUGGACCAAGGAAGACGAAAUCAACCUCAUUCUUAGAAUAGCAGAGCUAGAAGUCUCUGAUGAAAACGACAUCAAUUGGGAUUUGCUGGCGGAAGGCUGGAGCAGCGUGCGCUCACCCCAGUGGCUUCGUAGCAAAUGGUGGACUGUCAAGAGGCAGAUCGCAAACCACAAAGAGGUUUCAUUUCCCGUUCUUAUAAAAGGUCUGAAGCAACUGCACGAAAGCCAGAAAAACGCUCCGGCACACCAACUUCCAGAGGCGAAAUCUUUGCCUGGGCUGCCAAAUUCCCAUUCUGGUUCCGGGGUUCAGCACGUCCAGAUCCGAGUGGCCCGUUUAGAAGAAAGCUCGGUCUGCUCUCCUGCUUCCGUGGCGUCCUUACAGAUCCCACUCCAGAUCACCCACGUCUCUUCUGCCGAUUCCCCUGCUGCUUCUGUUGAUUCUGAAACUAUUACACUAAAUAGUGGAACUUUGCAGACUUUUGAGAUUCUGCCAUCUUUUCAUCUACAACCAACUGGAACUCCAGGCACCUACUUACUCCAGACCAGCUCAUCCCAGGGCCUGCCUUUGACCCUAACCACCAGCCCCACUGUGACCCUGACGGCUGCUGCAGCCCCAGCCUCACCAGACCAGAUCAUAGUCCAUGCCUUGUCGCCCGAGCACCUGCUAAACACAACGGAGAACGUCACCGUGCAGUGUCACACGCCAAGUGUCAUCAUCCGCACCGUGGCAGCCGAAGACAUUUCUCCGCCCGUCAGCCAGGCAGAACUAAGCGUCGAUCCGGGCAUGCAGUCCGGCGAUUUGGCGGACACGCCAACCUCCCUGGAAACAGACUCUUUUCCAGGUGACCUCCACCCCACCAAACUUCCAGGGGAAGAGCCCUCUGCUUUCAGCGGAGUCAACUCCUCCAAAUUUGGCAGCCGAAACAGCCCGGAGCUCAUGGGAAGAGCAGGAGUCGACGUUCUGAAUUCGGAUCUCAAGCCGGAAGAAAGUCGUCCGUCAGAUUUGGCCGGCACGUACGUUUCCGAGGAUCUGGGUUCUCCCACAGCCGAAGAACGAGUGGAACAGUCCGCCAUGGAUGGAGCCGUUCUCAUUGUGCCUUCUCCACGAAGUUUUAUCCAGACAUCCGAUGAUAUAGACGGCGAAUCCGUGCUGCCUCUGACAACCUUAACAGAUCCUAUCUUACAACACCACGGAGAGAAUUCUCACAUUAUCGGCUCUUCUUUGGAUAGCCCUAGUUCUGAAGACUCCAAGGGCAUGGAGAACUUAGUAAGCUGUCACUGAGGAUGUUCCCAGUCUGUAACUCCUCCAUUGGUCAAAGGAGCGUCAGCCUGGCAGGACUCACCCAAAGGAACCUUUUGCUCUCUUCUGAUCUCACACGGUGACAGUCACAGCUGCCCCUC